CAGCGAUAAUAAUCUCAUAUGGCGAUAGCGAGUACAAGAAACGCGUGCCUUCUGCGGAGCACGUAACCUUUGGGACUACAAUCUGUUCUGUAAUCACGGAAAUCAGGUACAGAUAGUUGUCCGGCCAUAACGAUUGCCGCCGUAUUAGUGGACCACGUGACGACUAAUCCCAUAACCCCCCCGGGCAGAGCAUCUGAAGACCAACAGCAGGUGACAGUUCCAAACGGAGAAAAGGAAAAAUCAAACCUUCCCGCCCUUCUACUGGCUUGGCGUCCCUCGCCAGUCAACCAAAUAACUGACCGUGCAACUUUUUGUGCUUUGUUCGGUAUACGCCCCAGUAAUUUGCUGUCGCCCGCAUAAUCAGAGCCGCGCCGAGCAGGGCAGAACAGAAGCCACGCAGCAAUGGCCGAAGGAAAAUCAGAGAAACUGCCUUUUAUUGGCAAGCAGCAACCAAAGCCGGUGACACUAAAUCCUUCGUGGGAGUCGGAACUGCCGCCAGCCGAUUCGAAUGGCAAGGGUUCGGUGCUGGCCAAGCUGGGCCUGCCGCCCAAGGAUAGGUACAAGAUUGUGUUCUUUAUAUUCAUGCUGCACGGACUGGGUACACUGAUGCCCUGGAACAUGUUCAUCACGGCCAAGUCGUACUUUGAGGACUUCAAGCUGGGUGAGAACAACACGGUGGCGACGGAGGUGAACUACAGAAGCACCUUCAUGCAGAACAUGGGAUUUGCCUCGCAGAUUCCCAAUCUUCUCUUCAACUGGCUGAACAUCUUCGUGAACUUUGGCGGCAGCCUGACCAGCCGGAUAGUCUACAGCAUCAUUUUCGAGAUUGUCAUUCUGCUGGUGACCAUUGUCCUGGCUAUGUUGGACUCCUCCCAGUGGCCGGGCAUAUUCUUCUGGGCAACCAUGGUAAGCAUUGUGCUGCUGAACGUCUGCAAUGGAAUCUACCAGAACACCAUCUACGGCAUUGUGGCCUCCCUGCCCAUCAAGUACACGGGCGCCGUGGUCCUGGGCUCCAACAUUAGUGGCGUGUUCACCACCCUGAUGUCCAUCGCUUGCACCGCCUUCUUCGAUUCGAAGCGGACCUCGGCCAUCUAUUAUUUCGUCACAGCAAUUGUGAUCCUUCUUCUGUGCUUCGACACGUACUUCGCGCUGCCGGUGAACAGAUUCUAUAGGCACUACGACCAGCUCAGCCAGAUCAAUGAGAAAAAGUCCGACUCGAGGGCAGAGCUGAAUGUUCCCUACUGGCAGAUCUUCAAGAAGGCCUCGCCCCAGCUCUUCAACAUCUUUCUGACAUUCUUUGUGACCCUCUCGGUCUUCCCGGCCAUCCACUCGAACAUUAGACUCACGGACCGAGACUUUUUCAUCUCCGAGGACUACUUCACCUUGCUCACGUGCUUCCUCACAUUUAACGUGUUCGCCAUGCUGGGCAGCCUGACCACCUCCUGGGUGCAGUGGCCCGGUCCAAAGUAUCUGGUUGUGCCCGUGGCUCUGCGCCUGGUCUUCAUUCCCCUGUUCAUCAUGUGCAACUAUAUACCGCCGGGCAUGACCAGAACCCUCGAGGUGUACUUCCCCAACGAGUGGGUAUAUUGGGGCAUUGCAGUCGUAAUGUCCUACAGUUCGGGUUACUUGAGUUCGCUGGGCAUGAUGUAUGCACCGCAGACGGUGCAUGCCAAAUAUCAAAUAACCGCGGGCAUGUAUGCCGCUGCCAUGCUGAUUACGGGCAUAUUCUCGGGCGUCAUGUUCUCGUAUCUGGGUCCGUUGUUCUUAUAACCUCGGUCAUAGCUUCAUUGCAUAGCUUGCCCACUACUAAUCCUAAUACUAAUACUAAUAAAACUAAAAUGAUCUUGUUAGCUUUUUAUCAUACCAUCAUUUGGACAUUCAUUGAA